UUUUUAUUCUCAAGGGAUAUAGAAGGAGAAAAGAGGGCAAAAGCACAACUCCAAGUUCAAGAAUGGAAGGUCUGAUCCCAACAUUUUUCAAGGCAGUCAGGAAGAACAAAACUCGAAAGCAGUACGAGUGUCUCUCAGCUGGAGCAGCUCAUAGCUUCAACAUAGCAGACUUCUACAUCAAUGGUGAAACUGGUGCAUAUACGUCUACAGGAACUUCAAAUGAUCGUAAGAUCAGAACUGCUGGAUUGAAGGCAGAGAGAAUUAAUGGUCAUCACCGACGAUCCAACUCCGUUGGAGAUUUUUCAGUUGGGUUUUCACCAGGGAUUGAUGGCACAAAGAAGGCUGCUCAGAAACAAAUUGUGAGAAGCAGAAGUCAUAGAAUUUUCUCUUGUGUAACUGGUAACUAGACGUUAAAAUUAAAUACGAUUGCUUCUCUUAAUUGUCUCUGUUUGCUUUCCAUGUCUCCUCCCACUCCUUUUUCUUUUUCAUUAGUUGCAGUAUUGAAGCCUCCAAUAAUGUUCAGAUUCCACAAAAUGUGUGGUAUGUUUCUUGAUAUGGCAGAGACUUUUGCAAUUCUAGAAUAACCCAGAUUGUGAAUAUACUUAAUUCAGGAUGUUCA